AUGCGUCUCUCCUACACCCCCAACCCCCCACCAACAUCCACGCCCGAGGAAGCCGCCAUUCUCGAACGAGUACAAACCCGGCGCGGCGCCAACGGCCUUCUCCCACUAGACUUAACCCUCUUACAUUCUUUCCCAGUCGCAGAUGGCUGGAACUCCUUCCUCGGCGCCAUCCGCACCCGCACAUCCAUCCCCGCAGCUGUCCGCGAACUAGCCAUCUGCCGCGUCGCAGCUAUCAACCAAGCAUGGUUCGAAUGGAACCAGCAUUUCCCUUUGCUCAAGGCUGCAGGUGUGUCUGAUCAAGCAGUUGAAUUAAUCAAGCUUGAUACGUGUGACGAAGCGGAAUUGGCAAAGGCGCUGGAUAGCAAGGAGCUUAUGGCUGUGUACCGGUACUCGAGCGCCAUGACGAGAAGCGUCAAAGUUCCAGAGGGUGUGUUUGAGGAGCUUAAGGGGCUGUUUAGUGAGAAGGAGGUUGUUGAGAUCACGGCUACGACUGCGGCGUAUAAUUGCGUCAGUAGGUUUUUAGUCGCGCUGAAUGUGGGUGAGAUGAAUGAAUAA